GCGGAGCAAUCCUCCAAAUCAUUUCAUUCCCUUGCGGCGGCAAACAAAAUAAUAAUAUAUCCGUUACCCGCAAGUCGCGCCGCAUACGAUGGCUUCAUCUAAUGGCCCGAUGAAUUCCCCUUUUGAACUGAUUCCGAAGGUCGUCAAUAAGAAGAAUUACUAUACUGACUUCUUAAAGCGCGAUGAGCAGUUUUUGGCAUUCCGUCUACAGGGCGAGGAGAACCGCAAUCGCAUGAUCAAAGCUGCGCGCGACAAGGAUCGCGCAAUGGCACAGGCAGCUUCUAAUGGAGUCUCAGCCGAUGCAGCGCAGGCAGAGAUGGACGAAGAUGCUGCUGAGGAUGAAGCUGCUGAAGCUGAAGCAUUUGGCUCCAAGACAAUAGUCGUUCAUCCAGGCAGUCGUAACCUUCGCAUUGGCCUCGCAACAGAUGCUCUGCCAAAAACGAUACCUAUGGUUAUCGCGCGCAAGGCUUCGCGCGCAGAAGAUGAGGAGGCCGACGCUGAACCGCGACCAAAGCGUGUCAAGAUGCAAGAUGGUACCUCAGAGCCUGCCGGUGAGAACGCGUUUGGUGAAGAUUUUGCCAAGGAAUAUAGCAAUAUGGCCGCAGACUUCAAGCUUUCUCGUCGUAACAACAAGCGAAGGGUCUUGCCAAACUCUCGUGAACUGGUCGUGAACUGGAAUUCGCGCAAUGCGCCCGAAACUAUCUCCGAACACAAUGACCCUCAGCGCGUGGACUGGACAGAGAUUGAAUCACCGGCGCCUGAAUACUUUACUGGACAUGCGGCAAUGCGGAUACCACAACAUUCCAAGCCUCGCUACAGACUUUACUGGCCGCUCAAGUACGGCUGGCUCAAUGAGCAAGAUUACUCCAGCAAAGUUGUCUUGCUACGCGACUUCUUUUGCAUCAUCGAGGAAGCCAUCAAGCACGAGCUACGUCUCGACCGCAAGCGAGACUGGGCGCAGUACUCAUGCGUGUUCGUCAUUCCCGAUCUGUACGAGAAAGUGUUCGUAACUUCGAUCCUGGAAGAAUUAUUUCGUGACUUUGGCUUCCAGCGCGUAUGUUUCAUCCAGGAGAGUCUGGCCGCAACUUUCGGCGCUGGAUACUCAAGCAGUUGUAUCGUUGAUGUCGGUGCACAAAAGACGUCUAUUUGUUGUGUUGAAGAAGGCAUGUGCGUCGAGAACUCACGCAUGAAUUUGAAGUUUGGUGGCGAGGAUGUUACAGAGACUUUUGUCAAGAUGAUGUUGUUCGAUCACUUCAACUACGCCAGUAUGGACUUGCUGAAGAGACACGACUAUCUACUUGCGGAGGAGCUGAAGCAAAAGUUCUGCACGCUUGAAGAUGCGCACAUCAGCGUGCAGCUCUACGAGUUCCAUCUUCGCGCAUUCGGUCAAGACACUCGCAAGUAUCAGUUCAAGACAUAUGAUGAGGUUAUGCUGGCACCAAUGGGCUUCUUUAGGCCAACAAUUUUUGAUCAUACUGCAAAGCUUGAUGGCCGACGUAAGCUGAUCAGCCGUUCGACUGACACAUACGAUGACAAGCCGAACGACCCGAUCUCAAUGGCUCAACUCCAGGUAUAUAAGAACUCUUCUACCAUCGUGCCAUCGGCUGUAGCAGAAUCAACAUCAACACCUGCACCAGGAGCUGUACCCGCGACACCCAGCAAACCAUUGAACCUAGAUCGCUUAACACAUCUCGCUGAUGUGGCCGACAGCACACCUCGCUCGUCUCCGGCAGGCUCGCCAGCUCCUGAAGACGUUGCGACGCCUGUACCCGGAGCAGGAGAUGCGACUCCUGCUGUAGCAGGCGCUGCGAUUGAAGGCGCACAGCCAGAGACUGAGGGUGUUCUGCCUAUAAUGCCUCUAGAUGCAGCAAUCGUCGCUUGCAUCAACGAAGGCGCCAAGGGCGACGAGAAGAAGACGCGUGACUUCUUCGGUGGCAUCAUGGUAAUUGGUGGUGGUAGCAAAACCUACAACUUCAACGUGUACCUUGAGCAGCGACUCCGAGCAUUACGACCCAACUUCCAGAAGGAGAUCUUGGUCGGUCCUCCGCCUAGAGAGCUGGAUCCUCAGGUUCUGGUUUGGAAGGGUGGUAGUGUAUUUGGCAAGAUGAGAGGCACCAAUGAUAGCUGGAUUGGGCAACUAGAGUUUGACAGACUCGGUGCCAGAAUCUUGAACCAGAAGUGCAUGUGGGCAUACUAGACGGAUCCCCGUACAGACCAAAGACAGUCUUUGCGACAGAUGUAGUGCGGAAAAGAUGAAACGAGGGCCUACGCAACUGGGAAGAACCCUCAUCGACAAUAUUAGCUUUAUGCACAGUAAUUACCCGGUGUUUGUUUACUCACAACAAUUGUACCUUGAUGGUUGCUCCACGUUCAGUGCUGUGUGCAACCGAGAAAAGAUCCCAAGGACACACCAUCUGCUUCCAAACACGAUUCCUGUGCUGAUUCUAGAUCAUCUGGCUGGAAGGUCAGCAUAUCUUGGCAUCUCUCAGGUGGUAUCGACGAGUUCCUCAACAGAUCAUUGGCCAUCGUCAGCAAGACCUGGUGUCAAACUAGAGCG